AUGCCCAGACUUAUGUCGAUCAAAUUAAGUAUUGAUGUUCCACAUGAAGAUAUUCAACCGAAAAUUCAAUUUUAUCAAGUAUCGAUCGAAGCAGAGGUCAAUCAAAAGGCAGUUGCUAAAGAAAUUCAUCGAUACUACGAGAAAACACGGCAAGAAUUAAACGAGCAAUUUCAAAAUGUGCAACAGCACCUGGAAAAAUUUGUGGAUGAUCGUUUGGCACAAUCAGGUCGAACUAGUGAAAUAGCUCAGCAAACUGCACUUAUUUGUGAGCGUCAUUUAAAGCUAGUCGAACAGAAAUCUCAAGACUCUCAGGAGACAAUCCAAAUUUGCGACACUACAAUCAAGUUUACUAUCAUUGACUCGUUGGCAUUCACUGUAAACGAAGAAAAUCCAAAUAUUUACGGUGAAGAAUACGCGAGGAGCGACGAAAAUACUUCGACUUUUGUAUUUCUGAACAUAUGGAUAAGAGAAAGAGAAUUAUUUCAAUUCAUGAUACCGACUUUAACAGUGUUGAUGCUCUGGAAGAGCUUUAUGUUGUGUACGAAUUGUCAAUCUCCAAUUGCUUUCAUGACCGAAGAUGCGAAUGCAACUUCUCUUAGGCGUGGUGAUCUUCUUUUAGUAACGAAUUAUGUUCAAGACUCCUUUCGUGCUGAUGAUCUCAUAUUAUUGAACAUAGAAAAUGAAAAAUAUUUUGUGGCAGGUCGAAUAGUCACAGUUUCAAAACAAAAUGAUGCUGGCAUAACAAUUACGUAUCAAAGUGUAUGUUCACAAACGGGUGAAUGUCCAUCGAAAGAAUCCUUUAUCGAGAAAAAGGAUAUUAUUGGCAAAAUAAGAGGACGUCUUCCAUACAUUGGACUGUUGAUCAUCUGGUUCAAAGGCUAUUUUCUAUACGGAUGUAUCAUUUACAUAAUAUUCACAGGAAUCCAGCGUGAGGACAAUACCGAUCGUCGUAACACAAAUCGAUUAUAA